AUGAAGCGCCGUUCUACUUCUACGAAAGGCCGCCUCACGCGUAUAGCGGUCGCUAGUUUGCUUGUCGGCAAAUGUUGUUGGGCUGCUUCGACUCCUAAACCUGCAGGAUUCUACCCUCCAGCCUGGGGUGGUGGCUACCAACUACUUAGCUCGAAUAAUGGGUAUGGAGAACCUCUGAACAUCAUUAUAUCAGGUUUAAGUUCACCGAAGGUCCUAACGGACAAGGGUAUUUUAAACUGGGCGCGAUCAGUUGGGUUUUCAUAUGAAUGUGCUAAACAGCACGGGGGUGGAUAUUUCGCAGCUAACCUGGGUGAUGGAAACGAGUGGAAGAACCAGACUGCAGAGUUCCGUGAAAUGUACGGCCAUGCACAUGUUGGUACAUGUCUGGAAACGUUUAUUGGUGGAAAUCAUUUCAGGUGGUCUGUUGAUGACCUCGACCUCGACCUCUGCAGAGUGUUCCGUCAGGAUGGACCAGAGGCAAAUACUGGGGCGCUUUUCCUAGCAGCGUCGAAGGAAGAAGACCUCAAGGAUCAUCACACUGUUUCGCCGGAUGGCUAUGACCAAGGACGCGAUGAGAUUGUCGAGAAGGCGAUUGCCAAACCCACGAAAUUCGACGGUACGACGUACGUUACGACAAGUCGAAACCUUAAGGGCCUCUUACCCGAAGGGACACAAAACAUCAAUCACGGCAUUGCAAUUGACGGAGUGGUAAAGCUUCUUACUAUCAAGAUUACGGAAGAAGGUGGUGAUGACAGUGACGACGACGACGACGACUGA